CACCAUCCGUGUUCCCUUCCAGUGUGCGUGACCUUCCUGGGAAGGUUCUACCAGAGCCUGAAGGACAAUGACGUUGAGUUCACGCCUGCCAGUAUUGAGAAGGAGCUCCUGAAGUCCUGCAAAGAGGCAAAAGGCAAAGAGAACCGGCUGUGCUAUUAUAUUGGGGCCACAAGUGAUGCAGCUACCAAAAUCAUUAACGAGGUCUCAAAACCCAUGAGUCACCACAUCCCCGUGGAAAAGAUCUGCGAGAAACUCAAGAAGAAAGACAGCCAGAUCUGUGAACUAAAAUACGGUGAGUUGCCAGCAGAAAGGGAGAUGCCCAGGUUUCUCUGGGGGGACGGAUCAGCAGGGGUAAAGCAGCAAACAGGCCUCUGGCUCAUAAUAACUUAG